CUAUCACUUCCUGCAGGUGUUUUUGGACUGAAAAUAGCGAAAAUGGCAAAAAAAAGGAGAAGAAGAGAUGGACUCAAACGUCAACACUCUGACAAAUCCUUCACAUCUGGAUAUUUGAAGAUUCAUCAGAGUGUUUACACUGGAGAGAAACUGUACAGCUGUGAACAGUGUGGCAAAGCUUUCAGCACAUCACGUGAAGUAACAAUCCACAGACGUCUCCACACUGGAGAGAAACCUCACUGUUGUGAACAGUGUGGCAAAGCUUUCAAUACAUCAGAUUACCUAAAAAUGCACCAACGUGUUCACACUGGAGAGAAACCGUACUGGUGUGACCAGUGUGGAAAAUCUUUUAGUAGAUUAAGUACCCUAAAAAUGCACCAACGUGUUCACACUGGAGAGAAACCGUACUGGUGUGAACAGUGUGGGAAAACUUUCAGUAAAUCAGGUCACCUAAAAACCCACCAACGUGUUCACACUGGAGAGAAACCGUACUGGUGUGACCAGUGUGGAAAAUCUUUCAGUAGAUCAGGUCACCUAAAAACCCACCAACGUGUUCACACUGGAGAGAAACUGUACAGCUGCGACCAGUGUGAGAAAACUUUCUCUCAAUCAGGUGCCCUAAAAAUCCACCACCGUGUUCACACUGGAGAGAAACCGUACUGGUGUGACCAGUGUGGAAAAACUUUUAGUAGAUUAGGUUGCCUGAAAAUCCACCAACGUUUUCACACUGGAGAGAAACCGUACUGGUGUGACCAGUGUGGAAAAUUUUUCAAGACAUCAGAUUACCUAAAAAUCCACCAACGUGUUCACACUGGAGAGAAACCGUACUGGUGUGACCAGUGUGGAAAAUUUUUCAAGAAAUCCGGUUCUCUGAAAAUCCACCAACGAGUUCACACUGGAGAGAAACCGUACUGGUGUGGCCAGUGUGGAAAAUCUUUUAGUAGAUCAGGUAACCUAAAAACUCACCAACGUGUUCACACUGGAGAGAAACCGUACAGCUGUGACCAGUGUGGAAAAUUUUUCACUAGAUUAGAUUCCCUGAAGAUCCACCAACGUGUUCACACUGGAGAGAAACCGUACAGCUGUGGCCAAUGUGGGAAAUCUUAUGCAGACAGGAGAAACCUUAGAAGACACAAAUCCAUUCACAAAGUAUCAGAGUGACAUCUUCCACAGAGGAAAGUGAAAAGAUUUGGACCUGAAUCCAUCAUCAACACUACUAAAUACCCAUACACAUUGGCUGAAAUAAGAGGUUUGGGGGUUUAGUGACUCUUUAAGAAGGCCAUGGGAUGUGGUCAAAAGCUCCAACAAAGAGGUGGUGUGUGAGGCUUGAGUUCAGACUCAUUUAUUACAGAUUUGUCCCCCAAGGUCAAGAAUGAACCUCCACACUUGAUGAAAUAUUGUUUCUGUGUGCUUCAUACAUAUAUUCUUGUUACUGAGCUGUAGUUAAACAUGUUUACGUUAGAUAAUCUGUAUUUUACAUCUAUAUUCACUGUUUUUAUUUUGUAUUACUGAAUGUGUUUUUGUUCAGACUGAAAGCAAAUCCAAAUUUAGUCGAUGCAAAGAGACACAGAUUCACUCGAGUUGGCUCCAGCUGAGGUGAAGACAUGUCGGCUCAAGUUUGAAAUGUUUAAUCUUAAAUAAAAGAUUGUCUUUGAUUCUUCAAGAAGCUCUUCUUUGAAGCAGACUGAAGCUAAACUUAAUGUGACCAUGGGACGGCCGAAGGGGGAACUGUAAUAGAAACAAAUAGAUUUUACCUGUCUGUAUUUUUCAUAAUCCUCUAUAUGUCAUUACUUUAUGUUCUUUGCUCAUCUUAUGUGGUGUUAUAAUUCCCACUAAGUGUACCAGUGUUUUGAUAUAAUGACCUUCUGUGAGAUUGUUUUGUUUCAUGCUUUCCUGUGAGAAAGGAGUUUCCACUGUGGCUCAAGGCUGAGAAAGGCUUUUCUGUUGGACUCCACAAUUAUUCUCUAGCAUUAAAUGUCUUCUCUGUUUCUCUGGGUCAGACUCUCUAACAGCCCUCUGGUGUAUGAGCUCUGCCCUUCAGCUGAACCACUCUGUAAUUCUUACUUUUAAUAAAGAUCACAAAGACAG